AUGGCCGCUCUCCAUGCGCAUAUCAUCACUUUCCUGGAUGUGCAGCGAUUGUUUAUAAGCUACGCCAAUGACAACAACGUCCUCGAUCUCGGCGUCGUCUGUAGCUUGCUCACAGGCCUCUACAACAAGGGCGAGUUUCGACGGAUUUGCGUGCAUGACAAGAAUGGCAUCAAGUGGGACUUUGAGCUGAAGGUAUCAACUUCUAAUCUGUAG